AUGGCGGCUUAUGUAGUAAUAGGUCGGUGUAGCUCUGCCGGUAGAUUUAGAAUUAAUACGAUCUUACGGCCCCAUGGUGACAUUCCUAUUAACGCAUGGCGCAGGCAUCUAAACCUCUCUUCAAACAAGUUCUCUUACCCACCAGCCGUGCGACUGAUUUGCCCUAAAAAGCUGCAGUUUCCAAGUCGCCAUCACGAUAACCCUCUGCUGAAACAAUUGCCGCACAUUAAGCUCCUUCAGCGGAACGUGCAGCUAGGCAAGCCCCGUAAAUGCUUCCAUCCCGGAGCUUCGACGCUAUUACCGGCGCAGAUCGGCGUCCCCUUGGAGUCCGUGAGCAGCUGGUCCAUCAUCAGGCAGAUGUUUGUUUACCUUUGGCCGAAGGACAAGCCGGAGAUUCGAAAACGAGUCGUCGUAGCCUUAGGUAUAUUGAUCUUGGCUAAGGUGAUCAAUAUUGAAGUGCCAUUUAUCUUCAAAGCUGCAGUUGAUUACCUGAAUGAAUGUACGGGGAGCCGUCUUUCUCUCGAAGAUGCAUCGAGUACUCUAACUUCGGCAGCUUUUGCGAUUCUUGUUGGCUAUGGUUUGGCAAGGGCCGGUGCAUCAGGAUUCAAUGAGCUCAGGAAUGCAGUGUUUGCUAAGGUGGCUCACCAUUCAAUACGAGAGGUGGCCCGACGACUCUUUUUGCACUUACACCAAAUGGACCUCAACUUCCACCUCACCCGGCAGACAGGUGCCCUCUCCAAGGCGAUUGACCGUGGGACAAGAGGCAUCAACUUUGUCCUUUCUGCAUUGGUGUUCAACAUUGUACCAACCAUCUUCGAAGUGGCACUCGUUAGCUCUGUCUUGUAUUACAAGUGCGGAGGGAAGUUUGCUGCCGUGACGUUGGGAUGCAUUGGGACCUACAGUGUUUUCACAUUUGCCAUCACACAUUGGAGGACAAAGUUUCGCAUACAGAUGAACAAAGCUGAGAACGAAGCAGGAGCGCAGUCGAUCGAUUCACUUAUCAACUACGAGACAGUGAAGUACUUCAACAAUGAGAAGUACGAGGUGCAGAGCUACGACAAGUUGUUGGCACAGUACCAGGAGGCCUCUCUGAAGACAACCACCAGCUUGGCGCUUCUGAACUUUGGCCAGAAUGCCAUUUUCAGCGCAUCAUUGUCGGCCAUCAUGCUGUUGGCAAGUCAGAACAUCAUAAAUGGUACUAUGACUGUGGGUGACCUCGUGAUGGUGAACGGACUGCUGUUUCAGUUGUCACUGCCACUGAACUUUCUUGGCUCAGUCUACCGAGAGGUGAAGCAGUCGUUAAUUGACAUGCAAACGAUGUUCGUUCUCAUGAAGCUGAAGUCACCAAUUCAGUCCAAGCCCGGAGCUCCUCUGCUGCUGGUGACUCCACCCACAGCCACGGUGGACUUCGAGAAUGUCACUUUUGGCUAUGUCAAGGGCCAGCCCAUCUUGAAGGAUCUUAACUUAUCCAUCCCAGCUGGCAAGAAGGUGGCACUAGUUGGUGGCAGCGGCACAGGCAAGUCGACUGUGAUCCGGCUAUUGUACCGGUUCUUCGACCCAUCUACUGGACGCAUCUUGAUCAAUGGCCAGGACAUCAAGACAGUAGAACUCGACAGCUUAAGGAGAGCAAUAGCAGUUGUCCCUCAAGACGCAGUGCUGUUCUACAACACCAUCGAGUACAACUUGCACUAUGGUGACUUCUCGCGCUCCCUCGACGAUGUGCGGGAGGCAGCCAAGAUGGCCGAGCUCCACGACUCCAUCAUGGCCUGGCCCAAGCAGUACGAAACUCAGGUCGGCGAGAGGGGGCUCAAGCUCUCUGGUGGGGAGAAGCAGCGUGUGGCCAUUGCACGUGCCAUCAUCAACAGCCCCAUUUUGGUGUUUGAUGAGGCCACCUCCUCUCUAGACUCAAUCACCGAGCAUAAAAUAAUGAUGGCACUCCAGCGGGCAUCACAAGGCCGCACGUCUAUCUGCAUCGCCCAUCGCCUCUCCACCGUGGUGGAUGCAGACGAAAUCCUGGUGCUCAGUGAUGGCAGAGUGUGUGAACGGGGAAACCACCGCAGCCUCCUGGCAAAGCCGUCCAGCUUCUACGCCAUGCUCUGGAAUCAACAGCAUCAGGCCCACCAGGAGAAUGUGUGAUGGAACAAACACAAAGUUAGUUUCAUAAACUGAAUGCCAAAAGAACCUUUGCUAAGUGUGCCUGAGAGAGAGAAAGUUGUUGUUAAGGGUACUGAAGAACAAGCCAUCGCCAGGUGCUUUUUUUGUUAUGUGCUGCUAUAUGGGUUCGAAAGAAAAGCAUUUCAAGCAUGUUUCAGGAGAUCUUUAGCAGCUUGUGACAUAUGUUGAGCCUGUUGUGUAAAUAGCUGUGUAAACUAUAGUCAAUUCUUAUGAUGAUGAUCAGCUGUCUCACGGUGAAUUAGACAAAGGCUCUUGCUUUGCAGGGUAUGGUCUUGUCUAACUGAAGAGGUUUUCAUUCAAUUCACACUUUGACAUUAUGUGUUGUAUAAAGGCAGUAUGUUGAAAGUUUUCCCUGCUAUUAUAAAAAAUCUAAUGUAAAACUCAGUCGCAAGAAAACUGUGACAGCUAAUUGAGGCAAGAAUGAGCUUUUUGAAGUUGUACUUGCAAUAAUUAGCUGCAUGUGUUUGACGUACAUUAAAGAAGUGCUAUCGAUAGUAGUAUAAUAUGAUCAUGGGCGUGCGCAGGGUUCCCGUCUGGAGGGGGGGGAGGGCGGAGUUCAUUGCAGCGCCCCUUCCCCAAUUAAGUCAAUGUAUGGGGCACAUUUUGCACCCCCCUUUGAGGGGAUAGAAGGGUGCCCCGCCCCCUAGUCAGUGUAUAAAGCAGAUCUGCGCCCCUCUCUUAGGUGACUGGGGGGGGGGGGCGCCACCCUUUGUGCACAUGCCUAUAAUUACAAUAUUUCAUUAUGAAGUUAUUGAUGGCUUAACAAAGGUUGUCGAUAAUCUUGAUAUUAUCACUGUUGACAGUACGGUUGGUAGUCUUGCAAUUUUUGCAUGUGAUGUCAGAAAUUUUGCUAUAAUUGAUUAUCACAAGCUCCCAGAGCACUUCAUGCAUUGAGGAACAGGCGAACAUCCCCAAGUUUAUGCCGUAGUGUUAGCAUGUAGUAUGUUACAUGGGAUAUGUUGCAGGAUGUAAGUUAACAAAGCAUGCUCUUGGCAAAGUUCUAUAGAGUGCUGUACAGUAUUAUAAAAAUUAAGAGUACCCUACGAGCAAUAGUACUUUUGAUAAUUUUCUAUCACUAGUGAGCAAAGCUGUAGUAAUAGAAUAAAAGUCACUAGUGAGCAAAGCUGUAGUAAUAGAAUAAAAAACCGGCAUUUUAUAAUUAAAGUACUGCGUAUUUGAUGCAGCUGUACUUAUGUAAUCUUGGGUGCAUUUGUAUGCUCUAUUUAUUCAUUUGAAGACAAUAAUUCCUCUUUGACUAGCUGUGUCAGAAAGUUUUUUCCGAGAGUAACAGGACUAAAUCGGCACUUUUCAGUCCUUCUAGGUAGCUUACUUUUGGAGAGUUUGUCUCUUGUUUGCAGAACAAAGUAAUGUACUUGAAAAUUGGUCUUAAGAUUUAACAUUUCGAUUAUGUGACAGUAACCAUUGUGACCAUAGGGCUUUCUUCAAGAAGCGUGCACGCGUAGAUCGAUAAUAAUUACUACUGCGAAUAGACUGCUUGUAUGUUGUGCCUAUGUUGUGCCUUCAAGAUGAUAUUUAGCUUAGUAAGUAAAGGGAGAAAAACUGUUUUCUUGGGCGAUAUGGAAGAAUGACUAAACAAGCCAUCUUUUUACUUUCGGCAGUAAUAUACCCGUUGUUUGUAUUCUGCACUAAAGUUACGCAAACUUGCACAUGUAUCUACAUAUCUGUGUUCGUGAUGUGCUUAAUGUACUUCACUGUUUCAGCAGGUAGUGUUAUUGCUGUUAUAAUAUUGCAAGACUGUGUUGCAAGAUUGUACUACAAAAUGCAAAAUGAGGAAGUGGAUUGCACUUUGUGAAGAAUGAAAUGUAGUUUUUAAAAUGUUUUUGAAAGAGUUGGUGAAAGAGCGGAGAAGUGCUGUAGCCCGAGUUUUAUAUUCACAUUUUGUUAUUUUAGCUGAGUUCACGUUCGUAACAGUGGCCUUGCUAUUCAGUAAUACAGCACAUUAUUGAUUAAAAGUCUGUUAGUAUUCACAUGAUGUUAUUUUAACAGCGGCAUGCUGAGCUAUUCUGGAAAUAGCAGGCCUUUUAAAUCUUUGUGCUUUCGACUUUUGGAAUGAAAGCUGCUUCACCAAAAAAAAAUUUUUCAUUUUGUGUGCCAGUUUUGUUUCUGUGAUAAUCUUGUCAGCCGCAGAACUAGGUCUAAAUAUUUUUUUUUGAUAGACUUGGGCAACUAAUCCUUGUCACUACUUUGUUGUUUAGUUUUAAAUUGAGUGAAUGGGUGGAGGAGUUGUGUUCCUGCAUAAAUGUACACUCACUGAAAUUCCGGAAUGUGGUGUGACACUACGGCAUGAUGAAAUUUCUUUGUGAAAAGUUCCAGCCAUCCUUGUUUUUAUGUUAUUCUAAUCAAAACAUGUUUUUUGCAUGACUAUGCAAAGACGUGUAUGGUCAUCUUCUGUGUGUUUCCACUCUGAACGAAGUGUAUCUUUGCAAGCUGCUCGACAAUGGGUUCAGCUAUUCUUGUUCUUAUGCUGCUGUAUUAGGAAUGUAUUUUUCAAAGAUAACGCAUGAGCCUGCUGAGAAGCAUACACUAUGUAAUGUAAAAAUGUUAAAAUAUGUACAUACAUAGGAACUGAAUUUUGCUUCUAACAUGCACGAUGCCAGGCAUGCUGAUACUGUGCUGUCAUGACAAUCUGUAAUUUUCAAGUUGUUAGUCCUUGUGCACUAGAUUUUAUGUGAAGACAAGAAAAUGUAGGGUACUAGCCCUGUUAGCUACUUCAGGAGCUUAAAGGGACACUAAAGGCAACCAUUAAGUUGACGUUAAAUGUUGAAAUAAUAGUGGACCAGAGACUUCGAAGUGUUACUUUUGUUCCGAGAAAAGGCUUAUUUUGAAAUGAAAUCGCGGUUUAGUGGUGCGCAUUAGCGCACUUCAAAUUACCUGUCACAACAGAACGUCUGACGUCAUUGUUGCCGUGCACAACGUUGCCCGGAUUUACUACGCGGCCGCCGGCACUAGUAGCAGCAGAACUAAAACAGCGGGAGGCACAGCAGCAACAACGGUCAUCGAUGCAUUUUUUCGCCAUUGGCUCCGAGAUGGCAAACAUGUUUUGGUUCAAUUGGGCUCCGCUAGACGGCAUGACCUGUCCAGUUUGGCCAUUCAAAAAUCGAAUUUUUCAACCAUUUGCGCCAUUCUCCAUAGUAACGGCCGGCAGUUCAUUUUUCUAUGAAUUAAUCAGAAACAAACAAGCAGCACUUUAUUAAGUCUCUUGAUUCACGGAAGGUUCUUCAAUUAGUGCAGCUAGACUGAUUACUAGUGAUUAAUAGUAGGCAGUUUGUCCGACGUCAUCUAGAUCAUUUUGAGAUUUCCUACUGCAGGGCAUGUAUUCUUGUGCAUUUACCUUAAUUUUUCGGUAAGUAGGGCACUGCUGUUGAUAAUAUUGUCGUUUUAGACAUUGUCAUACAUUGAGCUUUCACUCUGACGUAAAUUGUGAUUUGACUUUAGUGUCCCUUUAGCGAAAUUUAUGUUUGCAUGUCAUAAAAUUGUGCAACCUAUUUGUGCUAUAGAUUAUGAAAAUAAAUGUGGCAUCUACGUCUAGCUGUAAAA